UAACGGUUCGCGAAAAAAAAUCAAUUAACACCUCCUCGUUAAUAAUAAUCGUAAGCAAUGAUAUUCCUCUAUUAAUUCUGAGAAAACCAUGGCAGUAUUAUUGUUUACAUCACCGGUCGAUGUUGAACUGAAUUGCUAAAGUCAACAAUGGGAUAUUUUUGAAAAUCCCUUGAGCUAUAUGGGGAAAAUCUCGGAGGAAAAGUUACAUUUAUAAAGAUAUAACUGUGAGCACUCAACGAGCAAAAUCCGCUUACUUUAUAGAACCCACCGAGCCACAAUGUGAAAGCUCCCUAAGUGGUUAUGGCCCUUUGGCUUUUGUAUCCGGUGGAUUUUCACUUCCAUCAGAAUUGUGAGCUGGAGAUUCAUCCGUCAAGGUCAAUCCUCCUAUUUGAUACUCUGGUGUCAUUACCUCUACCAGCAGCCAAUGGAGUAGGUGGCACAAAGCGAUUUGCUGGAAUUAAGUAAUGAUUGACUGAAGUGAACGGUUGGCUACAGCAUCGAGCUGCUGAGAGGGGACACUGAACCACGCCCAGAGACACCAGGGUGAUGGCAGUGCAGGACAUGGAUAUCUGUCUGAAUGUAUCCAGUGGAACCGUCAAUGAUCAAACCUCAAAAGGUUCGAGUAAAAAAUCAAAAUUUUUCAAGCCACACAUUACACGGCUCAGUAAAGCGAAAUUAACUGAUAAUAAUUCGCAAGUGAAAACGAAUGUGAAUGACAGACAGUCGGGAAUUUCGAAUCCACGGAAGAGAAUUAAGCAAAAGUCACUGGCACUGAUUGUUGCACAAAAUCGGAAUAAAGUUAAUCAGUCAAACCCGAAAGUUGAGAAACUUGAAGAGGAAAAUGGGGUUAAGACACGUGAAUUGAAGAGACCAGUUGUUACAUUCGCCAAACCAUCGGAGACUGGGUUGAAAACAAUUCUAGCUAAACCGAGACAAUUAAACAGUUCGGGAAAAUCAUUGGCUGAUAUUUUUGCAAAAUCGAGUAGUGAUGGGACGUCAGGAAAGGGGAAUGAUGAUUCGGGUAAAUCUCUGGCUGAGAUUUUUGCAAAGAAAAAUAAUGCAGGUGAUAAACAGGGAGAUACACAAGUACAUAAAUUGAAAUUUCUGGACCGAGAGAGGGGAAAGAAAAGCAAAAAGUUGAAUCAAGUGAAGGACGUGGCAUCAACUCCAGAUGAAAAACCAAAUAGAACGUUCAGUCACUCUGGAAAAGUCUCUUCCCUAUUCGGAAACAAUCCAGAUGUGCCAACUAUUGGACAAAGGCUAGUUAAACCUGUUCAAGAGACUGUCUUCAGUAAAACAAAGUUCAGUGAUCUUGAGAUUCAUCCGUUCAUGGUCUCCAAUUUGGAACAGAAUAUGAAUAUCAGUAACAUGACGACUGUUCAGCAGAAAGCUAUCCCCGAGAUUUUUACCGGAAAGGAUAUUCUGGUGAGAUCUCAAACAGGCUCUGGAAAAACUCUGGCUUAUGCACUUCCUAUUGUCGAAUUAUUGCAUAAAAUUAGGCCAAAGCUGAAGAGGGACGAUGGAAUAAGAGCAUUAAUUGUUGUGCCUACUAGAGAAUUAGCACUGCAGACUUAUGAAUGUUUUUUGAAACUCAUCAAGCCUUUUACAUGGAUCGUACCUGGUUACUUGGUUGGCGGAGAAAAGCGAAAAGCCGAGAAGGCUAGAUUGAGACGUGGUUGCACAAUAUUAAUCGCAACGCCUGGCAGAUUAUUAGAUCAUAUCAAGCACACGGAAGCCUUGAAACUCACCAAUGUCAAAUGUUUCGUUUUGGAUGAGGCUGAUCGAAUGCUUGACAUGGGAUACGAAAGAGAUAUAUCAGGUAUCGUUUCUGCGUUAAAAGUAAAGGAAUCGGAUAGUGUGUCCUCCAAUUAUGAUCCUCUGAGCAUGCUACGGCAAAAUCGAAAGAUCGUCUUCAACGAUGAUGAUCCCGAAAAGGACGAAAAAUCCGUUGACGAAGAUGAAAUCAAAGAAGCAGAAGAGCCGAAGAGGCAGUAUCAUUCAGAAAGUGAUAGUGAAACGGAAAGCCAAGAGUUUUCCGUUAAAGAAAAAAAACUUUCAGAGAUGCCACAAAAACCUGACGAAUCUCACCAGCAGACCAGCAAAGAGAUCGCAUCUGGUAGACAAACUAUUCUACUAUCAGCAACUUUGACGAAUGCCGUGGAAAAAUUAGCUGGUCUCACCAUGACCAGCCCCACCCUCAUCGACGCUGCUGAAGAAAAUUUACGAAAAGCUGGUGGAAGUCUAACUGAGAUCAAUGAUGACCUCGUGGUGCCUCAAGGUGUUAUACAAAAUUAUAUUGUUACUCCACCAAAAUUACGAAUGGUCACUCUCUGUGCGUACAUUGCUGCGAGAUGUCAGACCCCAGGACAGCACAAGAUUCUCAUUUUCAUGGCUACCCAAGACAUGAUUGAUUUUUACGGAGAAAUAUUGCCCUUGAUAUUGAAAAAACCGACGAAUGACGAGGAUGAGGACUCUGACCCUCUAGUUGACGUUGAAUUUUUCAAACUGCAUGGGAGUAUGUCGCAAAAGGAAAGAACAGAUAUAUUCAAAACGUUCAGACAGGCCCACAGCGGUGUUCUACUCUGUACGGACGUUGCUGCGCGCGGAUUGGACAUGCCGAAAGUCGAUACUGUGGUGCAAUACACUGGCCCAUUAUCGGCAAGAGACUACGUUCACAGAAUUGGUAGAACAGCACGUGCUGGCACCUCAGGGAAUGCAAUAAUAUUCCUCACACCCCCGGAAAUUGAAUUCGUAAGGGCUUUGGAGUCUCGCAGGAUACGAAUCAAGCAGGUGGACAUGAAAGACGUUUUGGACAAAUUGAUUGGUCCAUUCUCCAAGCAUUUGUCUGUCGAAGCGACCGCCACUGAGUUGCAGAAUAGAUUUGAGAAUCUCGUCAUCGAUGAUAAAAAAUUUCACAAUAUGGCCUGUAGAGCGUAUGUCUCCUGGAUGCGGUUCUACUCUAGCUAUCCUCGGGACAUGAGGGAGAUAUUCAACCGUAAAGAUCUUCAUCUCGGUCACUAUGCAAAGAGCUUUGCCCUGCGUGAUCCACCGAAAAGGAUUGGCGGUAUCGGUAAAACACUCCGGGAAAAUAAUCCAUCGAGAGUUGUCCACAACAACAGAUUGUCCAACGAACGAGUGGAAAAAGUGAGGAAGCAACAAUCAGGACAGCCUAGUGGUCACAAGCCAGGCAUGCUGAAGAGAUCUAGAAUACUCAAUGUGUCCGAAUAUGGAGACGGUUUAGAGCCCAUUAAAAAAAUUAGAAAAAAAUAGUAAGGGUGACACAAAGGGUUUUAUCAAAUUUCCGUGGAGAUUCCAAUAAUUCUUGGAAAUGUCUCAUUUUAUUCAGCCGGGUGUGAAUGAGAAAGUGAGGAGAGAGCAUUGAAUAAAGAUGAUGUAUGCGGCGGA